AUAAAUCUGAAGCCAUUAGAAAAAAGGAAACGUCGGAACCGGAACGCUCUCUUUCGCAUCCAUUUUCACAUUCAGAUUUCUCACGAAUUCAAGUGUGCUGUGAAUCUGUGCUUGUUGCCUAGAUAGAAGGAAGCGAAAAUGGGGUUGACCUUUACGAAGCUCUUCGGUAGACUUUUCUCUAAGAAAGAGAUGCGCAUUUUGAUGGUUGGUCUUGAUGCUGCUGGUAAGACGACGAUCUUGUACAAGCUGAAGCUCGGAGAAAUUGUGACCACCAUUCCCACUAUCGGAUUUAAUGUGGAGACUGUAGAAUACAAGAAUAUCAGCUUUACCGUUUGGGAUGUUGGUGGUCAGGACAAGAUUCGUCCACUUUGGAGGCAUUACUUCCAGAAUACACAGGGCCUUAUUUUUGUUGUGGAUAGCAAUGAUAGGGACCGUGUCGUUGAGGCAAGAGAUGAGUUGCACAGGAUGUUGAAUGAGGAUGAGCUUAGAGAUGCUGUUUUGCUUGUAUUUGCUAACAAGCAAGAUCUUCCUAAUGCCAUGAAUGCUGCAGAAAUAACUGACAAACUUGGUCUUCACUCCCUUCGCCAGCGCCACUGGUACAUCCAGAGUACCUGUGCGACAUCUGGAGAGGGCCUGUACGAAGGUUUGGACUGGCUUUCUAACAACAUCGUUAGCAAGGCUUGAGAAGCAGUUAAUGCUUUGGUUGCUGAGGACUAUGUUCAGAGUCCAUUCUUGGAAGGAUAGGUUUGUUUUUUCUUUCUCAGUGAUUAUUGUUAUCAAUAGGGGAAAAAAAAAGUUCUGCUUUACACAUGUUUACUCAGGAUACUUUAAGCUAUACUCUUAGCUUUUAAAGCUUCAUUCUUUUAUUACUUUUCAUUUAAUUCCAAUUUCAAUAUUUUCUGUCUAAUCAAUAUGCAAUACACU